AUGACAGGAGGAUCAGAUCCGAAAGAUGACUCCCCAUCUGCUCAGUCCUUAAUGAGGGACAGGGAGAGAUUGUCAAGUGAAGAGAAGACCGAGACAGACCGAAUCCCCUCCAACACCCUCCGGCGCGUGCCACAUGUUCUGUUCCUCAUCCUCGUCUACGCCGUGAUUGCGCUCUUUGCCUGGGCGGUCUUGUGUAUACUCGCCCGCCGGCUCAUCGAGGCUCGAAGAUACACCGUCAACCUUCGAUCCGCGGAAAGUUUGUCAAAUUACCCAUACGGGAUGAUGAGCACAUUCACCUAA